AUGUCUGGCUCCGGCCCAUCAAAAUCCACCGCAUCCGACACCUCGUUCCGCAAAACUUGGGACAGAAACGAAUACGCAGCCAAAGCAGCUGAUCGCGAAACAAAGUACAAAGCUGAGGGCGCAGCUCGUGCCGAAGCAAAGGCUGCCGGGCGCAAAUAUUUCCCCCGCGCGUCCACACCUCCAGACGCCAAAGAAACCGAAUCACGCACUGCCCGUCUCGAUGUCUCCAACAAUGUCGGCAAGACUUCCCUCGUACCAGCUGGCGCGGCUACGGGGAAGAGAGGGCGAGGGGCGGGGUUCUACUGUGCGGACUGUGAUUUGACAUUCAAGGACAAUCUACAGUUCCUUGAGCAUCUGAAUUCGCGGCAGCAUCUGGUGGCUAUCGGGCAGACUGGGGAGGUGAAGAGGGCGACGCUGGAGGAGGUAAGGGAAAGAUUAGAGUGGUUAGCUCAGAAGAGGAGAGAGGAGAAAGAGGGGGUGGGGGAUGUGGUCGAUUUGGGGAAGAGGUUGGAGGUUAGGAAGGAAUUAGAUGAGCGGGAGAGGGAAGAGAAGAGGAGAAAGAGAAAUGAGAAGAGAAGAAAGACGGACGGGGGUGUUGGAAUCAAAGCUGAGGAGGAUGAGGGGGUCGGGGGUGGCAUAAUAUGUUGA